AUGAGCAAUACAAGUUGCGAUCCAGAAUCCUCUUUAUCUUGGAACAUAGCUGAUUAUGAUCUUGUCAUAGUAGCAGGAAUAAGUUCUGUUAUUAUCGCAUCCAUGUCUCCUGUAACCGUAACCGGGAAUCUUCUUGUUGUGCUCGCCAUAUGGAGAAACGAGUCCUUAAGAAGCUCUACGUACCUCUUGGUCGGCGCUUUAUCGCUGGAGUACUUUGUAUCGGGGGUACUUUUUCAACCAUCAUAUGCUAUAAAAGAACUUGUCAUGGUGUUGAGACCAUCUCUGAUAAAGACAUCGGUCUUCUAUUAUUUGCACUUAAUCCUCGGAGGCCUUGGAAUAUACACAACUGCUCUUACGACCUUAACUACAACACUGAUGGCAAUCGAAAGGUGUCUUUACAUGACUAGGCGAAGAUGGGCUAACUCCAGCCGCGUUUUCAAACUCUUUCUUGUGAUAUUACUUCUGCCCAUACCACUAAAUGUCUUCCGUACGUCGCAAAUUUUGACCGGAUCCUUCUGCCUAGUGUCACAAAUAGCAAUAAUAUCCCUUGUAACACUUUGCUUUGUAGUAACUUCCUUAACUUAUCUUCAAGUUUAUCGAAGCAUUCGUCACCAUCAACAGCAAAUUCAAGCCAGCGUGACUUCGACGUGUACCCCAAGAGGACCAUUCAUAAACAUGGCAAAGUACAAGAAAUCAGUCUUUACAAUUCUCCUUAUCUUGGCUUCGUUCUAUUUGAGUUAUUUGCCGUUCAUUCUCAACGUUUUUCUACUCUUGUCUUUCGGGCAAUCGCCGAGAUUGAUUGCUGCUUAUAAAGUGUCGGUUGUAUUGAUGUUCACAUUGUCCGCGAUCACCCCAAUCCUUUAUUGUUGGAGAAUCAGACAAAUUCGCGAAGGAGUGAGGCAGUUACUGUAUAAACUGCUCUGCAGGGACUAAAAAAUAUGACUACACAUCAUGAAACUUAAUGAAGAAUAAUUUGAAAAGAUCUCAGGCCGGAGCUCUUGAUCUCGUCCCGGAGAACAGGAAAAUCAGUGCAAACGGAGCGGAAAAUUCGCGUGAACACUGCAAAGAAACGAGAAUGGAACCGGAAAUUUGAAACUUUAGCGAGCUUAAGCAACGACGACGGCGACGGCAACGAGAACAGCAAAAAAGGAAUAGGUUAGAUUAGCACAACAACAAUUUUGCAGGUACAUGCAUCACGCUUUUUUGUACAUUCUUUUUGCCGUUGUUUCCCGAAUGCAGCGUGAGCCUCCCAGUUUCACGUUUUGUGAAGGACGUGAACACAGGAGAACAAUUUUCUUUUUCUAAACUUAAACACAGUCCUUCAGAAUCAACUCCAAAAAAAUUCGCCAACAUUUGACAAAUUGAAUAAAAUGGGAUAAGACGAAUGAAGUUUCAAAAAGCGCGAAUUCGCGUUUUUAAGUGACGUUUCGCUGCCGUUGCUUUCGUGGUUGCGAAAGCUCCCUUUUUAUCUUGAAGAGUCAAUCACUUCAUCUCUAAAGCUGAGGGACAUACAGUCCCAUUCCUGUUUCUCAUGUCUUUUGUUUCGGAAGAAGCUAAGUCAAGAGGAGAGAACUUGGACACAUGCUUGAGUAUUGCUGGUUUGCACGUGACGUCACGGCGGCCAUGUUAAUGAUCAAGAACAAAAGCAAAUCUCUCCUUUGGGGACUAAACUCCAACAUGGCCGCCCUGUCACGUGGUUGCUUAGAGCCACUCGAAAUUGGCCUGGACUCGAGCCACACUCUCGCGAGGAUCCCCUUUCAGAAACGUGUAAAUUCCAGAAUGUAGUUUUUCCGCGCGUGUUAACACGAUGGAGUAAUCUUCCUCCGUGGCGAGUUGAAGAUCCUGGCGUAACUGACGCCUAGCAGAGUGAUCCAUUGGUACUGUGCCAAAUGACCUACCACGGAGACAAAGAGAAAAAAUAAUACAUUCUAUUGGGGUACGAUUGAUCAGGUUUGACUUUAAGUGGUAGAGAUGUGAACAAGGAUUGAAAAGCUGAGAAAACAAUUCAGCAGCACAAAAGAAGAAGAAUAAAUCUAAAGUUUAUCCUGCGGGGGGAGGGGUAGGCUGGCAUUGUGGUCGAAUUUAUCUGCAUUGUAACGUAUUUGAGCUUCCACGUUGCUACAAUGUAGCAUUUUUCGUUAAAACAAUACUACGAUAACUGCGUUUGUUCGGUGCUAGCAAACAAAGGUGGAAUUUACUGACUAAUCCUAUGUAUCAGUAGUCUGUAUUUUAAAACAAGUUAGAUGUGCGCAUCAACAGGGAGUUUAGGCUAACGCGUUUUUGAGCGACGUAAUUCACCAGAAGUGAGGCCUUUUUAACUUUAAAAGGCGUUGACGCUACCAAAUGUGUAUUUCUCAGUGUCUUUCCCAUACAAGAAUGAAGAGAAGAGUCGUGGAUGAGAGGACAUCAGACGUGCCCUCUUUACAAUACAUUUUUAUCAUGUGAACAGUAAGCUCGGACGUCAGCAUACAAAGGCAUUUUUUUGACAUCUGAAAAGCAUUUUUUUGACAUUUUCUUUACAAAAGUAUAAUUUUUAAUGACAGUUAGCUGUUGCAUUUACAUAAAUCAAUCCGCAAUAUGUUAGAAACAUCUGCCUAACAUUUGCCAAGUCCUACUUCGUCUGCAAAAAAUAUAAAAGCUGUUAAAGAAUGUCUCCUUUACUUUCGAAGAAAUGAACGAAAGGUAACUUCAAAUUGGUACUUAAUGGUUGAUAUGUAUCAUACCCCCAAAUAUCUUGCUUAAGACACUAAAGAAGAAAGGGUUUGGUUUAACUUUGUCAUGAAAAUAGUGAGCAUCGACGAAGUCUUCAGAGGACAAUCUUAAAUAAUUUAGAUUGUACUCUUGUGUUCUCAACGACUAUUUGUGACUGAAGAUGAGCAAUACAAGUUGCGAUCCAGAAUCCUCUUUAUCGUGGAACGUAGCUGAUUAUGAUCUUGCCAGAGUAGCAGUUAUAAGUUCAAUUAUUGUCGCAUCCAUGUCUCCUGUAACCGUAACCGGGAAUCUUCUUGUUGUGCUCGCCAUAUGGAGAAACGAGUCUUUAAGAAGCUCGACGUACUUCUUGGUCGGCGCUUUAUCGCUGGAGUACUUUGUAUCAGGGGUACUUUUUCAACCAUCAUAUUCUAUAAAGGAACUUGCCAUGGCGUUGAGACCAUCUCUGAUAAAGACAUCGGUCUUCUAUUAAUUGCACUUAAUCCUCGGAGGCCUUGGAAUAUACACAACUGCUCUUACGACCUUAACUACAACACUGAUGGCAAUCGAAAGGUUUCUUUAUAUGACUAGGCGAAGAUGGGCGAAUUCCAGCCGCGUUUUCAAACUCUUUCUUGUGAUGUUACUCCUGCCCAUACCUCUAAAUGUCUUCGGUACGUUGCAAAUUUUGACCGGAUCCUUCUGCCUGGUGUCACAAAUAGCAAUAAUAUCCCUUGUAACACUUUGCUUUGUAGUAACUUCCUUAACUUAUCUUCAAGUUUAUCGAAGCAUUCGUCACCAUCAACAGCAAAUUCAAGCCAGCGUGACCUCGACGUGUUCCUCAAGAGGGCCAUUCAUAAACAUGGAAAAGUACAAGAAAUCAGUCUUUACAAUUCUCCUUAUCUUGGCUUCCUUCUAUUUGAGUUAUUUGCCGUUCAUUGUCAACGUUUUUCUACUCUUGCUGUUCGGGCAAUCGCCGAGAUUGAUUGCUGCUUAUAA